CUCUCUCACUCACACAUAGUCACACACAGUUACACUCACACAUACACCACACACAUCACAUUGGAUAACAGUUACACACCACAUUUCCCCUGAGCCAGAUGCUACUUUGAGGAAAAGGACAACCUGCUGCGGAAGGAUUUUACCUGCUGUUUUUUUCUUAAGAAAGGAGUAUAAAAACAGGAAUAAAAACUAACACACGAGACAGUUUCAGUUUGUUCCUGGACAUGGUCAACAUGACACCAGCAUGACACCCUCCUGUUUGGAUUCCCUCCUCAGGCCAAAAUCCUGAAAAUGAUGGAUGAGAACAAGCAGCUGGCUCAGAGGAUCAACGGGGCCAGCCAGUCGGCCAGCCAGGAGGUGACCAACCUUCGAUCGGAGCUGACGGCCACCAGCAGCAGACUGGCUGAGCUUGGGGCCACCGACCGGGAGCGUGACCCAUUCAUGGAGAAUCACGACCCGCAGCACAACCACCACCACGAUCCCUCUGUACACCAGAGGCAGAACCCGCCAGCCACCGAUCUCUGCUACAAGAGUGAUAUCAGCAGCCUCAUGGAGUUCAGCACCCCAGACUCCUCUCUGGACAAAGUAUUGCUUCGGGGGGAGGUGGCCCAGCUCCAGGAGGAGGUGCACCUGCUCAGACAGAUGAAGGAUAUGUUGAGUAAGGACCUGGAGGAAGGCCAAGGAAGCUGCUCUGCUGACGUGCUCUCAGCCACCGAACUCCGCGUGCAGCUGGCCCAGAAGGAGCAGGAACUGGACCAUGCUAAGGAGGUACUGCAGGCGAUGAAGGCGGACCGGAAGCAUUUGAAGGCGGAGAAAGCAGAUCUCGUCAACCAGAUGCAGCAGCUCUAUGCCACGCUAGAGAGCCGAGAGGAGCAGUUAAGGGACUUCAUCCGCAACUACGAACAGCACAGAAAAGAGAGUGAGGAUGCAGUGAAGGCGCUGGCUAAGGAGAAGGACCUGUUGGAAAGGGAGAAGUGGAACCUGCGGCGGCAGACCAAGGAAUCCACAGAGCAUGCCGGCGCCCUGCGCUCCCAACUGGACCUGAAGGAGAACAGGAUCAAGGAGCUGGAAGCAGAGUUGGCCAUGGCAAAACAGUCCUUAGUGACCCUGACCAAGGAUGUGCCUAAGCGGCACUCUCUGGCCAUGCCCACUGAGGCGGUUGUCAACGGCAACAACCAGGAGUGGGUGAUGCACGCGGACCUGCCCCUCACCGCAGCCAUCCGUCAGAGUCAGCACACCCUCUACCACAUCCACACAUGCCACCUCACCGACAGGCAAGUGGCUGCGGUCAGGGUGAGCCCGUGUCACUCCCGCCAGCCCUUAAUUAUCUCAGAUGCCUCGGCCAUGGAGGGUGACCGCUCAUCCACCCCCAGUGACAUAAAUUCCCCUCGCCACAGGACACACUCCCUCUGCAAUUCACUAGAGGAUCUGGAGGACCAGAAGCGUAAGAAGAAGAAAGAGAAGAUGGGCCUGGGUUCUCUGUCACGUGUCUUCGCCCGGGGAAAGCAGCGCAAGUCAAUGGAACCGGGUCUGUUUGAUGGUACUUCAACUCCCGAUUAUUACAUAGAGGAAGAUGCAGACUGGUGAAAAGGUGGCAGAGAGUCCCACCUGUGUCCUUGAGUGGUGAUGUGUAAGAAUGUUUUCUGUCAGUGUGUGUGUGUGUGUGUGUGUGUGUGUGUGUGUGUGUGUGUGUGUGUGUGUGUGUGUGUGUGUGUGUG